CUCAUUCCGUUCUUCAGACUCACUUCCUGGAUAACCACAUAGCUUUUCAUCAGUUCAGAACAGCGACUCCACAACGUCGAAGGGGGAGCCAAAAUGAGGUAUAGGCCUACAUAUCUUUGGGAAGGAACACAAAGCGCGACCCUUGAACGCAAGGACUUUACUAUGACAUAACACAACAAUCCUCCACUUUGUGUUUUUGUUUGUGAUUUUGUUUGUUUGUUUGUUUGUGUGUAUUUGCAUACUGCUUUCUGUUUUAUUGUCUUGCGCAUGAAUUAUAUGAUUAACCGGGCUUUUUUCAUAUGGAUGAAUCUUCCUCAUCUCUCUGGCAUAGCAACCCCUCAAUCCUAAAUUCUCCAGACCUCUAAAGCGAAUAAAUACUUUUUCAUGGAUGUCUCUGCCAAGUCCAGCACUUUUGACAUUGUUUUUGCAUUACUACAAAUUUAAAGAGCACAUAUUAUGCAAUAUUCCACAGAUUUAUUAUGUCAAAGCCUCCUUGCAGGAGCAAGGUGUGUUCAUGUCUAAAUUGCAAUGUUUGUAUUUAAUUGUUUAUGUACUUUAGUUUGCCCCGAUUAGCUGAAUACAAAAAGCUGCACAUUUAUCUACACUAUGAUUUGUAACUAUAAUUUAAGCAUAUCAUUUAUUUCUAUUUUUUAUAUCAGUACAUUUUAAAUACGUGUGAGAUUUGUUUAAUUCAACAACAACAAAAUAACUGGAAAAAGUUGUUGCUGUACUUGGAUAUUUAGAAGUGCUGUCCGUCCUUUGAUAAUGCUGACUGAAUCUGGAAGUGCACUUUUGCACAGAUUAAACUGACUUUGUGGACAGACAGGAGUUUAAUACCUCAGAGUGACUUGCUAAGCACGAAGACUGUCAUCCAUCAGGUCUGCUUGUAAGACUGACGAGCUCACAAGAGUCAGGUCUCCAGUCUUUUCUCUCAGUCAAAGUAAUCGUCGACUGAAGCUCGAGAGGACGAACGAUUCCGAGAAGAUAUCAGGGAUUGUGUCAACAGAACUGACUUUCUUGUGCAAUCUGGAUUUCCUAAAAGAUUCCAAGGACACUUUAUUUUUUUUUAUUUACCGUUUUGUUGAAAAGUGAUCUGUGUCUGUAUCACUGUCAACAGGCUUGUUCUACCCACCGUGUCAGUAGUUGUAUGAACUCUAAGUAAACAUGCGUUCCCCAGAUCCAGCCACCCAAUCCCUGGCCAAGGCCCUCCUCCAUGGCCAGUUUGGGGGCUGGGGGAACAGCAGCACCAGCUGCCCUAACAGCCCUGGUGGUCCAGGGGGCCUCUCUCCCUCUCCAUCCCCCACAACGGCCUCCGCUUCCAGCUACGCCCUGACCCUUACCCACACCCACAUCCACGUCCAGCGUCUGGCCCCCAAGCCGGGCAAGGAGGCCCGGCUCCUGCUCCCCCUGUCUGAGCUGGCGGGGUGCAGCUGCCCCCGUUCCCCUGCUCCCCCCCUCCUGGUGCUGUACUGGUACCCCCCAGGGAGACGGAGGAAAGGGGUGUCGCGGAGGCGCCAGGUGAGGGCGUACCUGGCUGAGAGCAGGGUGGAUGCAGAGAGGUGGUCGGCUGCCGUCCAGUGUCUCCUGAGAGGAGUGCACGUCACCGCAGACACAGAAUUCUCCAAAAGCCUGCUCCCCCGUCCUCGCCGGUUGCUGCUAUUGGUCAACCCUUUCAGUGGGCGGGGCCAGGCCAUGCAGUGGUGUCAGACACACAUCCUCCCCAUGAUCAGAGAGGCCAACAUCAGCUACAACCUCAUCCAGACAGAGCGGAGGAACCACGCCAGGGAGCUCAUCAGAGAGGUCUCUCUUCCAGAGUGGGACGGCAUCAUCAUUGUCUCUGGAGAUGGACUGCUGCAUGAGGUGAUAAACGGUCUCAUGGAGCGUCCAGACUGGGAACAAGCAAUAAAGACUCCUGUGGGGAUUCUGCCCUGUGGCUCUGGAAACGCCCUGGCUGGAUCCAUCAACCACAACGCUGGCUAUGACAUGUGCCUUCGAGAGACGCUCCUCCUAAACUGCUGCUUCCUCCUCUGCCGAGGCGACAUCCAACCCAUGGACUUGGUCUCCGUGACAACGAGCCCAGUCCUCUCCCAGAACGGCCGUCCGUCGCCUCCCAGGCGGCUGUUCUCCUUCCUCUCUGUGGCCUGGGGCUUCGUGUCCGACGUGGACAUCGAGAGCGAGAGGUAUCGGGGUUUGGGUUCGGCACGGUUUACGCUGGGCACCCUGGUGCGCCUCGCCUCCCUGCGCUCCUACAAGGGCCGGCUGUCCUACCUGCCCCCCUCCGUCAUCACCCCCUCACCGGACACCACCCCAACGCCCCCCCGGCGACCGCUGUCCCGCAGCAUCACCGAGGGCCUGGACGGCUUCUGCCGCACUCCCAUCCACCGCACCUGCUCCGACAUGGGCAUCAGCGAGCAGAGGAGCCUCCGGAGGGGCGACGGAGAGAGGGAGCGCGAGGCGGAGAGGCAGCAGGAGAGGGAGAGGAGGAGGGAGAGAGCCCGGGGCGGAGGAACCGGCGUGGUGAGGGCGAGCAGUCUAGCAGAGGACCGGGAGAAGGAGAGGGAGGGCGAGGUGGGGAUGUACGCAGAGGAGGACAGGUCCGGGGCGAGUUCCGAGUCGACGGAAAGGGACGAGAGCAGCAUGGGAACAGAGGAUGACUCCGAAGGGAACAGGGAUGAUGAGGGAAGAGGGGGAGGGAGGGUGAAGCGGGAUCUAAGCCAGAUGGACGAGGAAGGGCCAGGGAAAGACGGAGGAGGCAGUGGGGGCUCUGUGGAGGAGGAGGGGAUGGUGGAGGCUAGAGAGCUGGGGGAAAGCUACGGGGUGGAUGUCGGACGAGAGGCAGAUGAAGAGGCCGAGGGCUGCUUCUCCUACCCAGACAACCUCCAGGAAACCAGGAAGACCCUGAGGAAAAACUCUGCCCCCUCCAGCCAGAUAGCCAAUGCGCUGUUCAGCCAGCCGAUGAGCCAGGAAGCGGACCCACAGUGUGGGAUGUCAUACGAGCAAGAUGAGCUGGAUCUGAACGGGACGUUCUUUCAUAGAGACCCCUACCCCUUAGACGUGGCCCGCGAGCGAGCUCUCACCAUCUCCUCACCCUUCCGACACUCGCCCUUUUCCUUCAAGCCCAAAACCCUGGACCAGAACCAGAACGCAUCUCGACCCAGACCCCUCUCUUUGCUCCAUCACCCACACUCCAACUCGCUACCCCCUAAACUCCCCUCACUCUCCCUCUCCCUGUCCCCCACCCCUCCGUCCUCCCCAUCCUGUGCCUCCCCCCACUCUUCCUCCUACCUUGCCCCCCGUCCCAACACCCCCAAUUCCACAUCUACCUCCCCCUCUCUCCGUAACCCAUCAUCAUCCUUCACCUUUGACCUGACAGAGCCGGCAGGAGCCCUUAAGAACCGUCAUCCCGUCCUCCUCCCCUUCAACCCCCCUAGAGAUGACCUCCUGCCCCCCCUAGACCAGCCCCUCCCUACCCGAGACUGGGUCACCAUCGAGGGGGACUUUGUCCUCGUCCUGGCCAUCUACCAGACCCAUCUGGGGGCCGACCUCCACGCGGCCCCCCAGGCUAGCUUCGACGACGGGCUAAUCCACCUGACGUUUGUGCGAGCAGGCAUCUCCAGAGCCACCCUGCUCAGGCUGUUCUUCGCCAUGGAGAGAGGCUCCCACCUGUCUCUGAGCUCUCCCUACGUGAGUCACGUCCCAGCCAGGGCCUUCAGGCUGCAGCCCCUGUCCUCCCGAGGGACGCUCACCGUGGAUGGGGAGCUGGUGCCCUACGGACCCCUACAAGCGCAGGUCCAUCCCUCGAUGGCUCGACUCAUCGUCGGGGACUCUGGAGUGAAGAUUACCAAAUUCUGAGCUGCCAUUGGUCGAGCUGAUCAUCUGAUACGGUGCUCUCUCCAGAAUGACGUCAUCUCUAAAUCCAUCUACGUUCACACGAAAGGACUGAGAAAAAAAAAUUAGAUUCGUAGCUGGAAUUGCGGAAGCUGUUUUUCCUGGGCUUUAGUGAAAGGGAUCACCUGUCAAGCUGCUUGUCGCGCAGGGCGCGCGUUGGACGGAUUGAUAGAGAAUUUAAAAACUGAUGCAAAUCGCACCUCGUUGCACAGCUGUUGGAUUACACUCAGUUUACCCUGAGAGGCGUGAAAACGGCAACGGAAUUAUAAGAGGGAAAAACAAAAACACAGGACCGCGUUGUCUGGUAGUGUGUUUCUGCUGACGGUGUUUCUGCUGACGGUGUUUCUGCUGACGGUGUUUCUGCUGACGGUGUUUGAGUGAGAAGUAGAUGUUUUAGUGUGUAGGGAUCCUCGGCCUGACCUUGCCUUAUACAGUGAAGACACGGAGCUGAAAUGUUGUAGAAAACUUUCAGACAGCUACCUUUUGUUCAAAUGAGGUAGAAUGCCCUUUCCGCCCCCCCUCCUUCAAUGUACAAACCUCCAUCCCUGGAAUGCCUUAUCCAGCAUUGGACUUAAAAGUGCAACUGUUGUGACUUUGCCCUUUCUUACGUAAAAACUUGAAUCUCUUAGUCAGCAUAUCUCCGUCCACGGAUUAUAAUAGGGACAGUCGAGCUUCACACACCUAGGGCCAAUAGGGACAGUCCGCUCUAAGAAACACCAAGCUUCACACACCUAGCUGCAGGUCUAUGAUGUUAGUCAGUACUUGUGUGUGUGUGUGUGUGUGUGUGUGUAUGUAUAUAUUAAAUUCAAGCUGGCAGAGGAUUUUAAUCUAUAGCAAAAGUCACAGACUACUACAUAUAGACAUGCCAGUUAUGUUCAAAACUACGAAAAACACGGGUAUACCAGCGACUGGAACUAUGGGACUGUUGAACAGUGACCAUCGUGGCAUAAAUAGUAUUUGCCUGUAUUUUUAUUUUGUUUGUGAAGGGAUGCAUGAGGACAAUGAUGCUAGCAAAAAGUGAUGUUGUAACACAGUGAACACAAGAGAGCCUGAGCACGUUUUGCAGUCAGUGGAUAUGAGGUUUGAACAUUUCCACGUCUUCUGACAUCACAUACGUACUACUUAAUGCUGGUUUCUUCUUUUUCUAAAAGUUCACUUCCACACAAGUAAACUGCCUUGAAAAUAUAAUCAGUACUUUUUACCUUACGUUGAUUGUAACAAAUUCGGAAAACAUGUUUUAAGGGCUGUAUUUGUGGAUCAAAUGGGUAAUGUUCUGUUGCAGAGCAAAAUAUCAGAACAAGCUGGGAUUGAGUUUUAGCUUUUAAGUCUGAACGUAAACACUAAAAAGAAACCGAUUAGGUAAUUUUACAAGCAAACAGGAGCUUUCCACAUGCUUUAGAUAUAAUCUUAAAUGGACCACUUUAACAUGGAUCAUUGAUAAACUUUAGGUUGUGUGCAAUGUUGUGCCUCCCAACACAAAUGGAAUGGCUGUCCAAAUUGGAAUUGUGCUAAAUUGUGUUCCUACCUACCUAUAUAUUUACGGUCCAAAGAUUUUCAAUUGUAGUCAGAAAUUUAAUCAUAAUUAGCAUGUAUCAAUCAGUUCUUCCCUGUAGUCUUUUCAGUACCUGUGACACAGUGGUAUGGAUUUGCUGUGUCUCAUAAAGUCGAGAUCUUCAACCUGCUGAUUUUAGCUUGGUUAACACCCAAGUUACACUAUCCAUCGUGGGCCAUAGAUGGUAGAAUUUACAAGCAGCCUUUAACAUAGCAGGCUAACAGAUUUAGGAAUAUACUUCAGAAUAUGUCAUGCAUCUUUCAACGUCCUAUGGGGUAAAGAAUGUCAAGAGUAAUGGUUAAACUAGGGAAUCAUGGUUCUGGACUGGCAUCAAUUCAGUAUUAAAUGUUACCAAAAAAAUAUUUUAUUAAAUGACUCUCUAUUUUAAGAGUAUGUAUGACAAUUGAAACCUGGUAGGGGGCUUGUUGUCUAUGGCCAGAGUUUGGACUGCAAUGUUUUUGAGAAAUUUGAAAUGACAAUGUUGCGGUUUGACCCUUUAAUUGAUCAUGCCAGUUAGAAGCUUUGUCUAGUUUAUUCUGCCUGGAAUAUAAAUUGUAUUACUAAAAUUGACAUAUAUAAUAUACAUAUAAAUAUAUAUAUAUAAUGUACAGUUCAUAGUUAUAUUUGUUUUCCAAUGUUUUGUUUCCUCUUUUAAAAGAAUAAAUUUUACUUGGAAAGUU